AUGAAGGAGGACCAAGUUUUAGCAGAAGAAUCUGGAUUGCAGGAUGAUGAGGAAUCUUUAUUUCAAGACAUUGACCUAUUGCAAAAACAUGGAAUUAAUGUGGCUGACAUUAAGAAACUGAAGUCAGUAGGAAUCUGUACCAUCAAAGGGAUACAGAUGACUACAAGAAGAGCCCUCUGCAAUGUUAAAGGUCUUUCAGAAGCAAAAGUGGACAAGAUUAAAGAGGCAGCUAACAAACUCAUUGAACCAGGAUUCCUGACUGCGUUUGAGUAUAGUGAGAAGAGGAAGAUGGUCUUUCAUAUCACUACUGGCAGCCAGGAAUUUGAUUCUUUCUUGGGGGGUGGAAUUGAAAGCAUGGCAAUCACAGAAGCUUUUGGAGAGAUACGUACUGGAAAAACCCAGCUAUCUCAUACACUCUGUGUGACUGCUCAACUUCCAGGAGCUGGUGGCUACUCUGGAGGAAAGAUUAUAUUCAUUGAUACAGAAAAUACUUUUCGUCCAGAUCGCCUUCGGGACAUUGCUGACCGCUUCAAUGUAGACCAUGAUGCAGUACUGGACAAUGUUCUCUAUGCACGGGCAUAUACAAGUGAACAUCAGAUGGAGCUGCUUGAUUAUGUGGCAGCAAAGUUCCAUGAAGAGGGCAUUUUCAAGCUAUUGAUCAUUGAUUCAAUAAUGGCACUGUUUCGAGUGGAUUUCAGUGGGCGAGGAGAGUUGGCUGAACGACAGCAAAAAUUGGCCCAGAUGUUGUCGCGGCUGCAAAAAAUCUCAGAAGAAUACAAUGUGGCAGUGUUUGUGACCAACCAAAUGACUGCUGACCCAGGAGCAACAAUGACUUUUCAGGCAGAUCCCAAAAAACCCAUCGGGGGACAUAUUCUGGCUCAUGCUUCAACCACAAGAAUAAGCUUGAGAAAGGGAAGAGGAGAACUCAGAAUUGCCAAGAUUUAUGACAGCCCUGAGAUGCCUGAAAAUGAAGCCACCUUCGCAAUAACUGCUGGAGGAAUUGGGGAUGCCAAGGAGUAG